CAGCUUUGCGCAGUGGCAGUAUCGUAGCCAAUGAGGUUAAUCCGAGGCGCGAUUAUUGCUAAUUGAAAACUUUUCCCAAUACCCCGCCAUGACGACUUGAAAUAUAGUCGGCAUUGGCAAUUUUUGACAGUCUCUACGGAGACUGAAAAUCCUGGUGAAAAAUAGACUCAGAAUGCGGGAAUCUCUGGAACUUCCCUUGCAGUCCUCUGGCGCAUCCGUGCCUCGAGGCUGCCGGGGUUUAUUACGGGAGAAAGAGCUAAAUCCCCUUGCAUGAUGUUCACGUGGCACAGCACAGAGGGCACACACUGCAAUGAGGGCGUUGCCAUUGCUCUGCAGUUUCAAGUCACUCUCUGGAAAGUGCAAAGACGCCUUGCUGGCAGACCUGGAAUCCACCACCUCACAUAUCUCCAAACGACCAGUAUUUCUCACAGAGGAAACUCCUUACUCCUACCCCACUGGAAACCACACGUACCAGGAGAUUGCUGUGCCACCCCCGGUGCCCCCACCACCUUCCAACGAGGCCCUGAAUGGCACCGUGAUCGACCCCUUGGACCAGUGGCAACCCAACACACCCAGAUACGGCCACCAGCAGCCUCAGUCCCAGUCUCCUAUAUACAGCUCUAGUGCCAAAAGCUCCAGUGCCUCCGUUCCUAGAGACGGGCUCAGCUCUCCUACUCCCCGUGCCAGUGAAGAGGAACACGUCUACAGUUUCCCAAACAAGCAGAAGUCUGCAGAACCAUCUCCCACAAUGACCAGCUCCUCUCUGGGCAGCAACCUCUCAGAACUGGACAGACUCCUUUUGGAACUGAAUGCUGUUCAACAUACUCCUGCCAGUGGCUUCACAACAGAUGAGGCUGGCAGAAGCCCAUCACUGCCCAAUGUGGCUGGCCCUCACUAUGUUGUCCCAGAGAACAGCAGCUCAGGGGGAGGGAAGGCUGCACCCCCGACAAAAGAAAAGCCAAAGCGAAAUGGUGCACGUGGGAUUGAAGAUGUGCGUCCCAGUGUGGAGAGCCUGCUGGAUGAGCUGGAGAGCUCUGUGCCAAGUCCAGUGCCUGCAAUCACUGUGAGCCAGGGUGAGGUGAGCAGCCCCCAGCGUGUCACCGCCAGUCAGCAGCAGACCCGAAUUUCUGCUUCUUCAGCUACACGAGAGCUGGAUGAGCUGAUGGCAUCUCUCUCUGACUUUAAGACUAGUUCCACUAUGUCUCUGAUUUCUGAAUCGUCCCUAGAACCGGUUCCCAGUUCAGCAAAUGCAGACUCCAGCAACACUCCUCACAGUUUAGCAGUGCUGUCCCAUUCCAAACACCCUUCUGCAAGUCACAGUGGGGACUCGACAGUGCCGACAUCUGUCCCCUCAGCAGACCCCUGCAUUGAGGACUGCAGUGACCCUGCAGUUCUGUCUUUGUCAGGGCAUCCUGCUGCCCCUCCACCUGUGCCCCGUUUAGCACAAACUGUCCCUGUGCCCCCACCACGGAGCUCCUCUGGUUAUGCUGCUCGAGGGGAGCAGGUGGCCUCUGCAGGUUUAGUUCAGCUGAACAGGAAGCCUGACUCUUCCAGAAAUACUUCCCAGGCUGCACCAGCUUCCAGUGUGGAGCUUCUCUGUAGAUCUGCUAAUGUGGAGGCACGGGGCUUAGGGUAUGACAUGGCAAAAGAGACUGAGAAGGAACACAGAACUGACCCCAAAAUCUCAAGUGUACCCGUUUCAAAUGCUUUGAAGGGGCAGAUACCCAAGGAGCUGCAUCAGCAGGGAGUACUCAGGGACAACUCAGGUCUUUCCUCCCAGGGCAGAAGUGUGGAAACAGCUUUAGAUGAGCUGUGGGCCCUGGAGCUGCCUGCACAUGUGCCAGAGGUGCAUGCAAAGAGUGACAGUGUUAUGGAUUCUGUUAAUGAACCUCCUGUUGUUGCCCUGGAUCGGUGGGAUGUCUUUCCAGACACUAAAAACCAGUUGGGCUUUGUCGUGGAGCAAGGACAGGAGCUAAAAGCUGAAGUGCCACAUGAAACCAAGGUACAUCACUGUCCUGAUGUGGGCAAGAAGAGGCAGGGCAGAGACAGAACUCUUAGGAAGGCAGGUACUGCUAACAUGAACAAGGCCAGAGGAGACCAGGAAAAUGAGCAGUUCAGAAGCUCUGCAGUGACUCCAGAAUCUCCAGAAAACUUUGGGAAGGCUGAAUGGGAUCUGCCAUGUGUCUCCAAACCACCCGUUGAGAGGAUUUCUGCGUCAGGCCAGAUUAAAUCUUUAAUCAAGAGGACAAAAGAGACUGCAAAUGUGCAUCCAAUGUCUCGGGACCUCUCUCCAAGGCGUAAACUAGGUCCUGCCAUAUUCCACAAGACUGAGUCCCAAGAUCGCUUGAUUGAGGAGCUUCAGGACAGACUGGGCAUCGAUAACCAGGAGCAGGAAGAAUGGCAAAGCCAGGAUGCCUGGCUGACAGAGGGGCUCAUUGUCACUGCCAGGCCCCUGGGGGAAGAGCACAGUGGUGAACAACAAGUAGAGAAGGUGGUUUUUCCUCCAGAAUCCCCGCUCCUCCCCAGGAGGACAAUCUCUGUUCCAGCCUCUUCCCAGCUCCAGCCUUCCAAAGAAGCUGCAAAGAUAGUCCCUGCUAAUGCUGCUCCUUCUCCUGCCUCUGGCCCUGCACCUCUUCUCUCACUCCCACUUCAGCCUUGCCAUGUGUCAUCUACCCCAGCUCCUAGUCCAGUCUCUUCCUUCAGCUUGGCUCCCCAGACUCUCUUCCAGUGGGAAGCUUCUGAUAAUGAUUAUCAUGAGGUUUCUGUUGUGGGCACCCCUCCUAAUGAAGAUCCCAAACAUUCCUGUUCUCCCCAGACCUGGACCCCUAGCACCAAGGCAGUUGUCUCUGUUGGCUGUCAGACUGAAGAUGAAGCUUUCUUCCCAGAAAUACAGGCAGGCUUCUCUGUUCUGGUGACCUCUGCUCCUCCCCUCGUCCGCAGUGCCAAUCCGUUGGCUGCUCCUGCACUCCGGGGCCCCACAGCCCCUGACAAGUUCAUGGCACAGGGAAAAGCUGGGAGCAGCUCCCCUCCAUCCACAGCCUCCAAGCCUGGCAGUCAGCUGGAUACCAUGCUGGGAAGUCUUCAGUCUGACCUGAAUAAACUGGGUGUAGCUACAGUUGCCAAAGGUGUCUGUGGAGCCUGCAAGAAGCCUAUUGCUGGGCAGGUGGUUACAGCCAUGGGGAAAACCUGGCACCCUGAGCACUUCGUCUGUACCCACUGCCAGGAGGAGAUUGGGUCUCGGAACUUCUUUGAGCGGGAUGGGCAGCCCUACUGCGAGAAGGACUAUCACAACCUCUUCUCUCCUCGCUGCUACUACUGCAAUGGGCCCAUCCUUGAUAAAGUGGUGACAGCUUUGGACAGGACAUGGCACCCUGAACACUUUUUCUGUGCUCAGUGUGGAGCUUUCUUUGGACCUGAAGGAUUUCAUGAGAAGGAUGGCAAAGCCUAUUGUCGCAAGGACUACUUUGAUAUGUUUGCUCCCAAGUGUGGAGGCUGUGCCCGGGCUAUCCUGGAAAACUACAUCUCUGCCUUGAACACCCUGUGGCACCCUGAGUGCUUUGUCUGUCGGGAAUGUUUCACCCCGUUCGUCAACGGCAGCUUCUUCGAGCACGACGGGCAGCCCUACUGUGAGGUGCAUUACCACGAGCGCCGCGGCUCGCUCUGCUCCGGCUGCCAGAAGCCCAUCACAGGACGCUGCAUCACUGCUAUGGGCAAGAAAUUCCACCCAGAACACUUUGUCUGUGCCUUCUGCCUCAAGCAACUCAACAAAGGAACCUUCAAAGAGCAAAACGACAAACCCUACUGCCAGAACUGCUUCCUCAAGCUCUUCUGUUAGAGGCACCAUAGAUGGGCUCUAAAGCAUCUUUCUGCCACCCCCUUGGCAGUUCUGUCUCUCUGAACAUUACUGUGAUUUAGGAACCUUACCAGGCAGGGGAGGAGGGGGGUGGGGGGUGGGAAAUGCUGCUAUGGAGAGGCAGUAGAUCCAGAGAUGAGAUGGACCAUUAAACUGGAAACGCCCUUGCUGUGUCUCAGAAGAGAGAGGCUGAGAUCCCUCGUUAAGGUGUGUGUGUGUGUCUGUGUGUGACUGACAGCUGAGCUUAGCUCGAGGGCUCUAACAGCAAGAUUUUCCCAGCCCUCUCCUGGCAGCAGGAGGCUUUGCCAGUACAUUUCAGCCUGUGUCAGCUCUCUGAGCAAAUAGUGACACUUGCAGACAACACAACCCUCUGCUUUGACACCUCAUUCUCAGGCUUUUGCCUGCAGGUGCGCAGGGUGAGUGACAGUGCAGAGAGGCCACCCUGUGACCCCAGUGCCACCCUGGCUCUACUCAGAGAGUUACAUAGUGUGUGUGACUUGCUGAGACUAGAGCAUCAGCACAGGCAGCCAAGACCCUGCAAGGGUCUCUCCAGUUCCAUUACACUGUAAGGAGAUAAUACCACUUACUCUUUUUUCAAUUCAGAGGAAUCAAGAUGUUACUGUGUGGGGUGUUUCUCUUUUUUUUCCUUAGUUUGUUACUCCCUUUCUCAAUGCCUUUUCUCAGCACACUGGAGCAGGAGGUGGGGUAAGCCCCGACCAUCCCUCAGCACUGUUGUGCUCUCCUGUAGGGACAUGCCGUGCCAGGCAGCUCCAUAGGCACCCAGGCCAGCUCAGGGAAUCUGCUCCCCUCACCUACUGCUCCUGGGAGAGAGGAAGAGGCAUCACCCCUUCUCUAAAGACAGAGAGGUCAGAGCAGCCUUGUUCAUCCAUCCCUGUUAUGAGUGAGUGUGACGUGCACGUGUUUAUCUGGCCUGAAACUCUCCCAUCUAUCAGAGCCUGAAUCUGUCACAGAAGAGUGGGGAGAAGGAAGGGUUUAAGAAGCCAGGAAAAAAAAAAAUCCUAAAUUUAUAUCCUUUCUUCUUCCAGUUUGCUAAUGACACCUAUCAGCCCCUUGGUGUUUCCCUUUUCUGAGCUCUUGUUAAACAUGUUCUACUGAGAGAUGCUACAGCAAUAACCUUUUAUAUUGACUGUUACUGGUAUAACGAGUCCUGGGGGUCAGGUGUGCAUGACACACUUGGAGUUUUACUAUCAAAGUGAAUACUGUAUCCUGUCUUUGAUAAGAACUGUAGAUUUCUUACACUGAUUUUGAAUUCAUAUCUAAUUUACUUUUAAUCCUCUUAUACAGAAAUUGGUUUUGAAGUGAUUUUAAGAAAGCAACUUUUAUAUCAAGCUGUGCUGUCCUAGGCAGCGUGCCAGUUAUGCUGGCUUACUGCAUCUGUAAUCUCAAUGCUUUAUUAAGCCUAACUAACACUCAAUAUUUCCUUUUUGUUGCGGGUUGGGAAGGGCUGGAAUCUAUGGGCAAGGGAAUGUGACGUAUUAUUUUUCCCCUAGCACAGGCAGGUGAACUGUGAAUAGGCUUGGGUUUGGUUUUUUUUUUCUUCCUCUGGGUCACCUAAAAGUGUAAUUUUGGUUUUUAUUGUAACCUGUAAACUGCUGUAUUUGAAUCACCUGCCGUUCUCCCAAAGAUCAGCUUCCAGGAUGUUAAAAGUGAGUCUUAAUAUGAUGCUACAGGGAAAGGAUCUCAGGCCUUUGCCCUUGGUUUCUCUUCUUCAGCUGCCUCAAACUAGAACAGGGUUAAUUGGGGAAGAGGCUCCUUUCUUUCUGUGGAAGAAAGGUCUUGUGACUGAGGAGGAGAAACUGGGAGACAGAGUCUGUUCCUGACUAGCUGUGCAGCUUUGGGCCAGUCACUAAACCUUAUGGUGCCUCAGUUUCCCCAUCUGUAAAACGGGGGCAGUUUAGCCUGGAUUUGUGAAGUUAUUGUGAGGCCUAGUUCAUGUCUAGUGAAGCACUUCUAGGUCUCUGGCUGGAGGGUGCUAUGGAGAGGGGAGUGUUGUGCUGAAAUUCCUGGUGGCGUUCUGUGGUACCAGCCCUGGGAAUGGUGUUUGCAGUUAGCGCUCUGGAGAGCUGCAGCUCUGUCACCAUUGGCAUCCAGUUGGGUUUUGCAGCUCGGUGGGUGCAUUAGAGGGGUCUAGGGGUGGCUGUGUCAGAAACCAGCCCUGAAAGCCAUGGGUCACAGUGCCAUGUGACUUUGUCAUGGUGCUGCGCUGCCCUGCUCUGGUCACUGAUACUGUCCCACUGAUUUCCCCUGACAAACAAACCUCAGUGUGUGGGUGUGAGACCAGAGGGAGCUCUAGGAGCACUGGAGCUGUGUCAGCUGGGCUGAGCACAGCUCUGGGAAAUUCUUGAGGCAAGAGUCCUUAUUUGCCUUUUCAUCUUGUAAGUCUGUUUGACCUAAAAUGGAUGUUCCUAAGCUGCCUGUGUUUAUCUCGCUGGAGAGGUCAAAUUCCUCGGUGCCGCUGAGGGGACACACAGCUGUUGUGUGCAAGUACUGGAGAGGGGUGAGAUGUUUCUGGCACUGCCACUUUGUGUGACAUCUGCAAACUGUAAUCCUGUGCCUCAGUUUCCCUGUCGGGGGAGUCUUUAACCUACCUCACUGCUAGCUGAGGCUUUGUUAGUGACACUUGUGGCACGCCUGGGUGCAGGCUGCUGAGUGGGGUGCGUGGUGCUGAGAGGAGGCUCCUCUGGCCUUAGUGCUUAACCAAGAUGAUGUCACACUCACCUUCUGCCUUCAUCCGGUGUCUGAUACGCCACACCGAUGCUACUCUGCCAAAUAAUGCCUAGUGGUGGCUGCGGCCGCUGUGGCUGUCCAAAAUGCCUGUUCGUUCAGUGCAGCUGUGGUUUUAGGGUAGCACAGCCGCUGUUGUGGUGUGGGGGUGCACCCCCGGGCCAGGCGCUACCCCUGGGGAAGGCCUUUUACAUCACGUCCGGGCUGGGCUGGGGGAAGCUCCGCUGGGUCGACAAUUAUUUGAUUCUUUCCUCCCUUGUAAACUUCUAACUCCGCUUUUUUUUUUUUUUUUUUCCCUUUCCUCCAUUUAAAAACCUUGCAGUUACGCCAAUAAAAUUUUUACCAUUAUAGUCA